UGGCUCAGCCGCACUGCAGGGCAGGCACUUUCAAAGCUUUGAGGAUUGGCUGACGCUCCGAGCGCCGGGGCUAGUUGGCGGGUAGGAUCACGUGCGAGGGGCAGGCCCGGUCUAGGCCCCGCCUCCUUGCUGCUGCUGCGCCGCCGCCAAUUCUGGUCCGGUUUUCUGAGUUCCCGGAGGUCCCUCGCGGGACGUCUCUCACCGCCACCGGCUCCUACUCUCGGGCUUCCAAAUCUGGGGCGAUGUCUCCCCAGGUUAAAUUACCCUAGCUCCUGCUCCAGAUCGCUUCCCCUCUGCCCCGCCGGAGCCCAGUAGUUCAAAAAUUAAAUUUGGGGCAAGAGGUGCGCGCCAGAGCGCAGCUGUUUCUGGAGCCUGCGGCAGCGGUGGCGAGCCACAGGGCGGCGACCGUGAGCUCCGGGAGCUGCGCAAACACCUGGAGACCAUGUCUGAGGAUGCGACCAGGACCCUGGGGAAAGGAAGCCAGCCCCCAGGGCCAGUCCCGGAGGGGCUGAUCCGCAUCUACAGCAUGAGGUUCUGCCCCUAUUCUCACAGGACCCGCCUCGUCCUCAAGGCCAAAGACAUCAGACAUGAAGUGGUCAACAUUAACCUGAGAAACAAGCCUGAAUGGUACUAUACAAAGCACCCUUUUGGCCACAUUCCUGUCCUGGAGACCAGCCAGUGUCAACUGAUCUAUGAAUCUGUUAUCGCUUGUGAGUACCUGGAUGACGCUUAUCCAGGAAGGAAGCUGUUUCCAUAUGACCCUUAUGAACGAGCUCGCCAAAAGAUGUUAUUGGAGCUAUUUUGUAAGGUCCCACAUUUGACCAAGGAGUGCCUGGUAGCGUUGAGAUGUGGGAGAAAAUGCACUGAUCUGAAGGCAGCCCUGCGUCAAGAAUUCAGCAACCUGGAAGAGGGAUUUGCACUUUAUUUCAGAGUUGAUGAGCUGGGGGUCUCUCUCUAUUGCCCAGGUUGGAGUGCAGUGGCACAGUCAUGGCUCACUGUCGUCUUGAGCUCCUGCGCUCAAGCAGUACUUCCACCUCAGCCUCCCGAGUAGCUGGGAUUACAGGCUCAAGCCACCGAGUCUGCCUCCAUUAUCUUAAUUGUUACUAUAAUUAUUUUUUUGAGUCAGGGUCACACUCUGUCACCCACGUUGGAGUGCAGUGACACAGUCACGGCUCACUGCAGCCUCAACCUCCUGGGCUCAAGUGAUUCUCUCACCCCAACCUCCCGAGUAGCUGGGACCACAGGUUCAGGCCACCAUGCCCAACUGUUUUGUUUUUGUUUUUAUUUGUUUUAAUGUUUUGUAAAGACGAGGUCUCACUAUGUUGCUCAGGGUGGUCUUGAACUCCUAGGCUCAAGUGAUCCUCCCAUUUCAGCCUCCCAAAGUGCUAUGAUUACAGGCAUGAGCCAGUGCACCUGGUAAUCUUAAUUUUUAAUCUAUUCUUUCUUCCCAUCAAAAAAAACAUUUAUUCAAGUUAGAUUAUAUUGUCUUGGUUUAGUAUUGCUUUUGCU